AUGAGAUUUUUUCUAAACUUCUUUUUGCUUGGAUUUCCAACCGCGGAAGGAAAGAAUGAUAAGAGAUCGAAAAAGGAAGAAAAAGUGAUGAGCCCGAAGAUUCUUCAAAAUCCAAUUGAUCACAUCGGCAACAGAGGCGAUACAAUCCGAUUGAACUGCAUUGCAAGUGGCUAUCCUCCGCCUGAAUACCGCUGGAACACGAAGGGGUCUCUUCUUGAAAACCGAAAAAAGGACGGAGUGGAAGUCAAGCCAGACUUAGAAAACAGCAUCAUCAUGUUCGACGGAUCGCUGAUCAUCCAGAAAGCAGAAUGGCCGGAUAGAAUGAAGCAGGCAGCUUGGGCCGGCACGUACCAGUGUAUCGCCGAGAAUGUUUCGGGACGCGCCCUUUCCCGGAACAUAACCGUCCAAUCGGGAUAUAUUAAGAAGCGAUUCGAGAAGCAGCCAAAAGAUGUCGAGGUCAGAAUCGGCCAAGCCGUCCACUUCGACUGUCAAGCGCCGAAAGGCUUUCCGCCGCCGAUUAUCAGAUGGGAAAAAGAAAACCAACCCAUCAAAGCGACCGGCAACAUCCGGCCGAGUCAAACUGGCCUGACAAUCCUCAAUUCAAGCUUGGAAGACGAUGGAAAAUAUACUUGCAUUGCCGAAAAUGUCGCUGGAUCCGUGAAUUCUAACUCGGCGAGCGUCAAACUCGCUGAUCUUGGUCGACCCACGUCGAGUAUUGAGUGUCGCGCUAAUGGAUCACCGACGCCCGUUGUUUUUUGGGAGCUCGACGGAACCAGAAUGACGGAGGCAAGUGGUUACAGGAGCACUCUGCGGCUUGGCAAAGAAGGGAUCUACAAGUGCGUUGCGGAAAGCCGCGCUGGGAGCUCAACGAAAUCCGUCCUCGUCUACGACGCGCAAAUGAACUCGAAUAGAGUUCCGCCGAUUGUCAAAAGAACGGUCGAUUAUGUCGAAGAAGGAUUUACAGCCGACUGUGCUCCGACAAAUGCAGAUCACCUAACGACUUAUAGAUGGACAGUUGACAACAACGCUUCAACAGCAACUGGAGCCAUCCUGUCCCUCCCCUUCAGUCAAUCUGCUCGCUGCGAAGUGUUCAAUUCCCGCGGCUCCGCUCAAGUCACCUUUUACAGGGGCGCGGCACCGACAUCUGGUCUGUCUUCGGAAGGUUUAAUCCGACAAAUAUACGUCAAGGAGAGCGGCGAUGGUGUUCAGGUCGAUUGGUACAAAAACGAUGAUGAUAAUGAUGGUGAAAAAAUUGAAAACAAUGAAAUGGAGCUGAGCAUAUUCGCGCUAAACAACCCAGAUUCCAGCACCUGGCAGCUGCAGCGAGCCAACCCGCCGAUAUUUUUGAGCGACAAACUUAGGAGGCAAUCGCCAGUGAUGAUAUUCGCCCGCGAUCGAGAUACCACAGCUGGAGAUAGCAUCCUUCUUCCGCAAAAAGAGGUGAUUAAAUCCGCUGCCGGAAAAAUCCUGGAAGCCACGCUGAAAAACUCAAGCUUGCAUCUCAAAUGGGAGAACAAAAAGUGCGAUCUUCGGUCAACCAUUCUCAUCCAAACUCCUUUUUCCGGUCCCAUCCACACUUCUUGCAACCAGAAUUCCUACGUCAUCGAUCUUUCCUCCGAAGAAUCGAGCAGAAAAAUGGGCAUCGUGAAAAUGAAAAUUUCUUCUGGCGAAACGAGCCAAGCGUUUACUAAUGAGGUGAUUUUCUCACGCCGGAGCAACACGGAGCAGACGGCGCUGGUUCCAGUCCUGGCCGAUCUUUUCUUCGACGCCGAAGCAAAGCUGAUCAAGUGGGAGCUAAGCGACGAAACCGCCGUCGUGUCCUCUUCUUCUGGACUCGUCGGCUUCCGGAUCGAGCUCCGCCUCGGCAAAACGAUCUACUCGGCUGAUCUCUCACGUGAUCUGAGGCAGAUUAGCCCCGAUCGCGUGCUCAAAGGAAAUCUUGCCGAAAUCCGGCAGCGUAAAAGUAUCGAGGCCACGUUGAUGACCUUAUCUCAUGUUGGCACUGGCUCGGCGACGAGCAUCCAGUUCAACCCUUCCGGAAUCGAGCGCGGCUUUUUUCUCGGCUUUUUCGACGUGAAUUCGACUCAGCACGCUGUGGCGGUCGCCGUUCUCGUUGCCGUUCUAGCGAUCGUCGCCAUUUGCUUAGCCGCAUUCAAGGGCCGACAAAUAUGCCGAAAAAUGUGUCGAAAAGACAGCGACAGCGCGCAGGUUCGAAAAAUUUGGCCAAUCACGGAAGAAAUCUUCUCAAAAGUCGAGCGAAUUACUCACGGACAUCAAACUCCAUCUGAACCUUCGAAUACCAGUCAGCCAAGUCUGCCUCCAUAUGCAUCAAUCGAAUGUGUCAAUCGUAAUGACCACCUUGCCGAGCCAUUUUUACUUCCGCCCAAGUAUUCUGUUUCGGGGUUUCAACGAACACGUGAUCUUUCUUUUCCGAUCAAUAGAAACCCCUUGAAAGUCAUGAACAACACCAUGCACCAAUACUCGACCUUCCAACACCAUCAAAUUCAAAGCCACCAGCGCCACCAAGACCAAAUCAAUACCUUUCUCAGAACCGAACCGCUCAGUCCAUUGGAAAGCAGCAGCAGUAAAUUCAAGAGCUGCCCAAUGAUCAUUGAUGUUCAGACAGGCUACUGCACGCUUCCUCCACCACCGCCGACGCCGCCAAUCAGCAAGAGCGAAGAAGAGGACUUCUCCGAAAACGACUCGUUUUUGCUCAACAGCACGGCGGAAACGAGUCUAACUCCUGCGAGUCAGAAAAUGACGCUCCCGCGAUCGGGACCGACGAUGGGAGUGGCAGCGACAUGCUUAAGAAGACUCCCUCUUGAAGAAGAUUAA